CUUUGACUCUCCUAAAGCACACUCUUUAUAAUAUAUCUAUGAUAUCAAAUUUGAGUAUUCUUCCUAUUAUGGAUAGAUUACAUUCUAUUUUGACACCAACAACUUCUCUUUCUGUAUUUAAAAUAUUUGCUAUAUUUGAAAGAUUUAGAAAAAAGUCAACAAAUCGAAAAGGCUUGAAAAGACUUAAAAAGAAAAAAGUUACAAAUCGAAAAGGUGCUAAGCAAGAGUAG